UCUUAUCUUGUGACACAAACACGCUCAUUUGCAUCAACACACAUACUCGACUGAAGCGACAGUACUGAGGUCAGUGACUGAACUGUAUUUUACAAUGGAGGAAGACGGCAAAGAAACCAUUUCAAUUAGAGAGAGUAAAAGACGGGAACGUCAAGCAGCCUUGGAGAGCCCAGAUAUUGGUAUUGGCUUAUGUGGGUGGAUCAUUGUCGGAUUAUCCAUCCUUCUGAUGCUCGCGACUCUGCCUCUCUCCAUAUGGAUGUGUAUUAAGAUUGUGAAGGAGUAUGAGAGGGCCAUCAUCUUUCGGCUGGGGCGGAUCCUACGAGGAAGAGCUAAAGGGCCUGGCCUGUUCUUCAUCCUGCCGUGCACAGAUAAUUUCAUCAAUGUGGACAUGCGCACCAUCACCUUCGACAUCCCCCCACAAGAGGUUCUGACUAAGGACUCAGUGACGGUCAGUGUUGAUGGAGUGGUGUACUACCGUGUUCAGAAUGCCACCCUGGCUGUGGCCAACAUCACCAACGCUGACGCUGCCACCCGCUUGCUGGCACAGACCACCCUGAGGAACGUCCUGGGCACCAAGAACCUGGCUGAGAUCCUGUCUGACCGCGAGGAGAUAGCCCACAGCAUGCAGACUACCCUGGACGACGCUACAGAUGACUGGGGUAUCAAGGUGGAGCGGGUGGAGAUCAAGGACGUCAAACUGCCCCAGCAGCUCCAGAGGGCCAUGGCUGCAGAGGCCGAGGCUAGCCGCGAGGCCAGGGCAAAGGUGAUAGCAGCGGAGGGGGAGAUGAACGCUUCGCGGGCUCUGAAGGAGGCCUCUCUGGUGAUCGCUGAGUCUCCAUCGGGCUUGCAGCUGCGCUACCUGCAGACCCUCAACACCAUAGCUGCCGAGAAGAACUCCACCAUCAUCUUCCCCCUGCCAAUGGACAUGAUGCAGGCCUUCAUGAAGAGAGACUGAGGGGAGCCUGUUGGGUGCUGUGUGAGUGCUGUUACACACAUACAGUACACACACACGAAACAAACAUUCCCACAUAUAUCAUAGUGUGCUGCUUUCCCUUGUGCCAAACAUUAUGCCAAUGCCAGCUGAUGCAGAGGACGCUAGCUAAAGAGCUUGGUUGAGCUUUAUGAGUCGAAGAACUUAAUGUAAAUGUUUUGUGUGUUAAGACUAUAUUCUGUAUUGUGAGUUCCCAUUGAAUGGAACAGAGAAACAGGAUUUGAACAAAAACAAGGGAAACUACAUCGCCACUCGCUGGUACUACUGAGGUGUGGUGUUUCCAGCCCUGCUAUGAGACCAGGAUGUACUAGGGACCCUGUCUGUCUGUCUAUCUGUCUGUCUGUCUGUCUGUCUGUCUGUCUGUCUGUCUGUCUGUCUGUCUGACUGUCUGUCUGUCUGUCUGUCUGUCUGUCUGUCUGUCUGUCUGUCUGUCUGUCUGUCUGUCUGUCUGUCUCCCUCCAUGGGAAGCAACCUCUUUACUAUGGCCAUUUAAACAGCUCACAGCCUUAAAUCAUUGCCAUGGAGUCGAUGUACUCAUCUCACACAGUUUCUAUGCAUACCUGGAUGGAAAUAAAUUGUAAGUGUAUUUUAGUCUGUUUUAAUAGCAGUAUUUAUCAUCAAGACUACAUGCUCUUCAGAUGCUGUUACAGUACCUAUGCAGUAUACAUUACUGUAUAAUACAUGGUAUGUGUUAUACACUGAGUUUACCAAACAUUAGGAACACCUUCCUAAUAUUGAAUUGCACCCCCUCAAAACAGACUCAGUUCGCCAGGGCAUGGACUCUACAAGGUGUUGAAAGCAUUCCACAGGGGUGCUGGCCCAUGUUGAGUCCAAUGCUUCCCACAGUUAUGUCAAGUUGACUGGAUAUCCUUUUGGUGGUGGAUCAUUCUUGAUACACACGGGAAACUGUUGAGCGUGAAAAACCCAGCAGCAUUGCAGUUCUUGACACAAACCGGUGUGCCUGGCACCUGCUACCAUACCCGUUCAAAGGCACUUUCAAUCUUUUGUCUUGUCCAUUCACCCUCUGAAUGGAACACAUACACAAUCCAUGUCUCAAUUGUCUCAAGGCUUAAAAAUCAUUCUUUAACCUGUCUCCUCCUCUUUAUCUACACUUAUUGAAGUGGAUUUAACGAGUGACAUCAAUAAGGGAUCAUUGCUUUCACCUGAAAUGGCCUGGUCAGUCUGGCAUGAAAAGUGCAGGUGUUCUUAAUGUUUUGUAUUGUCAGUGUAUUCUGGUGUAUAGUGUUACUGUAUGUGUGAAGGAGGACAUAGUUACAUUAUUUCAUGUUACUAAACCACUCUGUUGUAAGCUAUUUUUCUCAUAUUGAAAUUAUUUCUUAUCAUGUUUAUAUUUUCAUAUCCUUAUCAUGCAAACUUGCUGUUGAACAGUUUCUAUAAAGGUCAAUGUUGAUUACGAUGAAUUGUAAAUGUAUUGACAUACAUUUGAAACUGAACUUUUCUCUUACACUGUUGUCCUUCAAAGCCAUAUUGUUAUGUUCACUAUGAUUCAGCCUUUAAAUAAAAAUGAUAUACACUUU